AUGUCUUUUACUUUUGAUUGGAAUCGCCCUCCGAAUCCGUCUAAUGAUUGGGAUCACAGCAAGAGGUACACAUCCAAUACCCCGCCCCUGUCGUCGUGUGGUGAACACACUGACACUCGUCGAGGUGGACACACCACCGAAGCUAUCACCCUAGUUUCCUCUUUGGACUUUCAGCGGUACACCCCACGCAUCUACAUUAUUAGUGAGGGGGAUUCUCUGAGCGCAAAGAAGGCUGUAAAGCUGGAAGAAACUCGCGGUUACCGCAUCUUGACACUCCCCAGAGCAAGACGGGUCCAUCAGUCGUUCAUUUCCACCCCUCCAACAUUCCUCAGAUCCUUUUUGCAUUCAUUUAUUCACAUUUGUUUGGUUCCUACCAUAAAGCGGACACGCUUUGCCGAUGUUCUGAUUCUUGCAGGGCCAGGGACCUGUGUUCCAGUGUGCUUUGUGGCCCUCAUCCCCAGGUUCUUUACCUUACCCUCACCUAGAAUUGUUUAUGUUGAAUCUUUCGCCCGUGUCCGCCAAUUGUCAUUGUCCGGGAAAAUACUGCGGCACUUUGUUGACAGGUUCAUAGUCCAAUGGCCCAAGCUUCUACAAAAUGGCGGCCGGGGAGAGUACUAUGGAUGUAUUGUAUAG